AUGUUCAGCCCCUUCAUGGCUGCGGGCCGCUGGGUCAGGGAGCAUUCGCCGGGGCUGCUGUCCGCUCUCCGCCCGAGAAUGAACUUUAUCACGCUGCACUAUACGUACUUGAUUGUCAUGACGCUCAUUGGCUCCGUUAUUAUAUAUGGCUCCCGUAACAUGGCCUACAUCGAUGCCCUUUUCUUUGCCAGUGGCGCCGCCACGCAGAGCGGGCUGAAUACCAUCGACGUGAACAAACUGUACCUCUACCAGCAGAUCGCCAUCAUGCUCAUCACCUGCCUCUGCACCCCCAUCUUCAUAAACACCUUCGUCGUCUUCAUCCGCCUGUACUGGUUCGAAAAGCGGUUCCAGAGCGUCGUCCUCGAGGCCCGCAGCAUGCGCGCCACCCGCACCCGCACCCUGUCGCGCCGGAAGAGCGAGAUCAAGGCCGAGCAGGACCGCCAGAUGGGCGACGAGGAGCGCGGCGUGGGCGACCGCCGCAUCGACAUCAUGCGCACCCGCACCGGCCACGCCGAGGGCGGCGUCAUCGAGGACGAGCACGCCUUCCAGGAAACAAACGGCAACGCCGGCGUUGGCUUCCGCAAGCCCUCGACUUCCACCGACGACGAGGACCUCGACCCCCUCGAGCCCCUCGAGCCCUUCGAGCGGCCGAAGCCGCCCGCCCACACAAACUCGAACAUCAUGUGGGCCGACACCGUGAAGACGCCCCUCCGCCGAUUCGAGUCGGAUGCCGCCGAUUCGCCCGCCGACCGGCUGCCGGGCCCGGACAAGGAGAAGAGCAUUGCUUUCGUGGAGAGCCAGCGGAAUCGGCACCCGGCCGAAGGCACCCUGCGCAUUCCCGGACCGCGAGACUUCGACCGAGGACUGGUGCCAGAGCGAGUCGGGCACGGUGACCUGACCCGCGAGCUCACCCGCACAUCGCACGAGGACGACGACCAGCGUCGCGCGAGGCGGCGCUCGCGCUCCACGAGUGUGGGCGAAGCGAACGGCGACGCACCCAAGCUCAGAAACCACAUCACCUUCGACGGCCCCCAGCGCCCAACCACCGGUGCUUCGGUCUACAGGAAGCCCGACCCUGAUGCGCCCAACCCCAGCAUGCACCUUCGCAAUCGCUCGAGAUCGCGCACCAUCGCCAGCUUCUUCACAAGAGAGAGAGAGGAGGCGGAAGAGGACCCCAUGCCCUACCUCAGUUGGGCGCCUACGAUAGGACGCAACUCCAACUUUGUAGACCUGACAGAAGACCAACGAGAGGAGCUUGGCGGCGUCGAGUACCGCGCUCUCAAGCUGCUGGCCGUCAUCCUCGUCGCCUACUUUGUCGGCUUCCAUCUGCUGGGCAUGGUCUGCCUGCUGCCUUGGAUUACUCGGGACCCGCACUACACCCAGGUGGUCGAGGACGUGGGCGUCAAUCCGGUGUGGUGGGGUUUCUUCACACCAGCCUCCAUGUUCAACGAUCUCGGCUACACGCUGACUCCGGAUUCCAUGAUCUCCUUCCAGUUCGCUGUCCUGCCCCUGCUCUUGGGCACCUUCCUCAUCAUCAUCGGAAACACGGGCUUCCCGUGCAUGCUCCGCUUCGUCAUCUGGCUGGUCUCCAAGUUCGUGCCCAGGGGAAGCGGUGUCUGGGAAGAGCUGCGCUUCCUGCUAGACCACCCUCGUCGCUGCUUCACCUUGCUCUUUCCAAGCAAAGCCAACUGGUGGCUUUUCGCCGUGCUCGUUGGUUUGAACGGCCUGGAUCUGAUCUUCUUCAUCAUUCUCGAUCUCAACGAUCCGACCGUCACAGUCCUCCCCCCAGCUUUCCGCUUCCUCGACGGCCUCUUCCAAGCCGCCGCCACGCGCACUGCCGGGUUUGCCGUCGUCAACAUCGCCGACCUGCACCCUGCCAUUCAAGUCAGCUAUCUGAUCAUGAUGUACAUCUCCAUCUUCCCCAUUGCCAUGUCGAUGCGCCAGACCAACGUCUACGAAGAAAAGUCACUCGGCGUAUGGGCCGAUGACGACGACGAGGAACACUCCAGCUACCUAGGCCACCAUCUGCGACGCCAACUCUCUUUCGAUCUAUGGUUUGUUUUCCUAGGCUUCUUCCUCAUCGCCAUCGUCGAAGGCCACAGGCUCGAGAACACAAACGACUACGCCUUCACCCUCUUCUCCGUCCUUUUCGAAAUCGUAUCCGCCUACGGGACAGUCGGCCUCAGCCUCGGCUACCCGGGCGUCAACACCUCCUUCUCAGGCCAGAUGAAGACGCUCUCCAAGCUCAUCAUCAUCGCGAUGCAGAUCCGCGGUCGCCACCGCGGCCUCCCCUACGCACUCGACCGCGCCAUCCUCCUGCCCUCGGAAUCUCUGCACCAGAAGGAAAACGAGGACGCCACGCGCCGCAUGAACAUGCGUCGGAAUAGCGCGGCUGUCGGCGCGCUCGACGGCCAUGAUGGUUUGAUGCGCACAGGCACGGGACUGAGUAGACGCAGUAGCAUUUCCAGCCAGCGGCCUUCGGCUGCGGAUCGCUUCAGCCCGCGGCAGUUCAAGCGCAUUCUCUCUGGGGCAUUCAGCGCAGGGCCUACCGCGCCCCGGCAUAAGGAGCAUUGA